AUGUCAAACCCGUGGGCUACAGGUAGCCGCUCCUCCGCCUCGCCUCCGUCGUCUUGUACCACCGGUGAUAAGAGAAACCUUAUCCCCCCAGACCCACCUGAUCCUCUCUCCCAUCUUCCCUUAGCUCAGUAUCCUCCUCUCUCCCCAACCAUUCCUUCCCGCCGUUCCAGAGCAAUAGCUUUCUCAACUGUUGCUCCUCUACUUUCCACCCCAAUUGUCCAACAGAUAUCUGCUGGUCUCUCUACCACUGAUAUUGCUCCCUGCAAUGUCGAUACUGAAAUGGUCUUGGAAAAUGCAUCUAUUGUAGAUCCACAAACCAGAUCUGAAGCAACUGUUGAUAACACAAUAGCUCCUCAGCCCCAAACAACAACUACUGUAGCUAGCUCUACAGAUCUGACUAAUACCUCAUCUGAAACCUUUACUGUCUUGCCGCCAAAGCCUACCUCCCCUAUCCAAACAAAUAAAGCAUCCUCCUCAACUCCAACUGUUGCUAGUGUCUGUUCUGAUGCUGCUCCUUUGCCUUCUGAAAAAACCACUGCCCCCCCUCCUCUUGCCUUUGAUCGCCCUCAAACCUUUAUUUGA